GGCAUAGGUUUUGAUAUCAUCUCUGAAAGAAUUCAGGCUUAAAAUGUUUCCAAAUCAAGCAAGAACAUUUAUUUGGGCAUUUAUACUUUUGGGGUAAGGAGUGAUGCAUCCUUCAGGUUUCCUCCUUAAGGGAAGUAGGCAACCCAGCAGGGUGAGAAGAGAGAGAAGUAAGAAGAAAAAAAAACAGAAAAAAACAAAAAAACAGGAGAAUUGGGUGGAGCAAGAAAAUUGGAUAAUUUCGGAGGAAAGUUUGGACAUACUCAAAAAAGUCCAUUUAUUAAUCAACUAUUCUGUGCCAGUAUCUGUACUAAGUCCUGGGAAUCCAAAGAAAGGCAGUCCCCACCAAAAAAAAAAAAAAAAAAAAAAAAAAACCCAAACAAAACAGGAAAAAGGUGCCUCAAAAAUCCAGCUUUCUCUGAUAGUUUGUUCUCUCAGUCUUGCUGUACAAUUGAUCCAAGCUCUUUCUAUUAUCUACCUAUUCUACCAACUUAUCUACCUAUUAGUCUGUCUGUAUUGCUAUCCUCACUUCCUUUCCAUCCUUAGGCUACCUACUACCUACCUACCUAACCAUCUAAUCAUCCAUCCAUCCAUCCAUCCAUCCAUCCCUCCUCACUCCCUUUCUUUUUUUUUAUUUUUUAUUAAAGCUGUUUAUUUUCAAAACAUAUGCAUAGAUAAUUUACAACAUUCACUUUUGCAAAACCUUGUGUUCCAAUUGUUUUUCCUUCCCUUCCCUCUACCCCUUCUCCUAGAUGGCAAGCAAUCCAAUAUGUUAAGCACGUGCAAUUUUUUUAUACAUAUUUCCAAUUAUCAUGGUGCACAACAAAAAUCAGAUCAAGAAGGAAAAAAUCAGAAAGAAAACAAAAUGGAAGUAAACAACAACAAUAAAAAAGGUUGUGAUCCAAACUCAGUUCCCACAGUCAUCUCUCUGGAUGCAGAUGACUCCAAGACCAUUGGAACUGGCUUGAAUCACCUUGCUGUUGAAAGGAGCGAUCAGAAUUGACCCUCUUAAAAUCUUGUUGCUGUGUACAAUGUUCUCUUGGUUCUACUCACUUCACUUAGAAUCAGUUCAUCUAAGUCUCUCCAGACUUCUCUGAAAUCAUCCUGCUGAUUUCUUUUUUUUUGCUGAGGCAAUUGGGGUUAAGUGACUUGCCUAGGGUCACACAGCUAGAAACUAUUAAGUGUCUGAGGCUGGAUUUGAACUCAGCUCCUCCUGACGGCAGGGCCAGCACUCUGUCCACUGCACCAUCUAGCUGCCCCUGCUGAUUGUUUCUUAUAAAACAAUAAUAUUCUAUAACAUUCAUAUCCCAUAACUUAUUCAGCCAUUUUCCAGAGGCCAUCCACUCAGUUUCCAAUUUCUUGCCACUACAAAAAGGGCUGCUACAAACAUUUUUGCACAUGUGAAUACUUUCCCCUUUUUAUGAAUCUUUUUGGGAUACAAACCUAGUAGAGACACUGCGGAAUCAAAGUGUAUACAGUUUGAUAGCCCUUUGAGCAUAGUUCUAAAUUGCUCUCCAGAAUGGUUGGAUCAGUUCACCAACAAUGUAUUAGUGUCCUAGUUUUCCCGCAUCCCCUCCAACAUUCAUCAUUAUAUUUUUCUAUUUUCUUAGACAAUCUGAGAGGUGCCAUACUCUCUUUCCAUCCUUAAAGCCUCUUUCUCUUUAUCCUCAUUCCGCUUACAUUCUUAAAGACUGUCUAUCCAUCCAUCCAUCCAUCCAUCUAUCCUUACUCCCUUUCCAUCCUUAGUAUCCCUGUCUCUGUCUCUUUGUCUCUCUCUGUCUCUCUUUCUCUCCUCCCUCUCCCCUCCUCCCGCCCUCCUCACUUCCUUUCCAUCCUUAAAGCCUAGGGCUCCUCACUGCUCCUUAUCAUUUGCCUCUCCACAAUUACCCUAAUAUCCUGUGCCAAGAUGGCGCUAGCUCACUCAGGUGAUGACCUAGCUUCUAGUUUCCAUCUACCGCCUUCUUCUGGUCAGGUGACCUCGGCGACGGGAUCAUGUGACUAACAUAAUGGCCAGUAUCUAGCCCACCGGCAAUAGCCGGCUUAAGCCUGAGAGAGAUGAAGACUUCCAGGGUUGGCACUAGCCUCCCAGGGGCGGAGGGUCGCUUACUUCUGCUGCUGCUGCUUUCCUUGUUGCUUCUUCUGAGCUGUGCUGGAGCUUCCAGUUUACGAUACUUUGACAACUAUAUUCUGCGCCCAGACCCCAGUUACGUCCUGGAUGAUGUCUCCGGCCUUGGUGGGGUGUUUGACGGCAUCGGCGGGCUAAGCGGCGGCGGGGCAACCUCCCGACUUCUGGUCAAUUAUCCUGAGCCAUAUCGUUCCGAAAUACUGGAUUAUUUAUUUAAGCCAAACUUUGGUGCAUCUUUGCAUAUUCUGAAAGUGGAAAUAGGAGGUGAUGGACAAACAACAGAUGGUACUGAACCCUCUCAUAUGCAUUAUGCAAAUGAUGAGAAUUAUUUCCGGGGCUAUGAAUGGUGGCUAAUGAAGGAAGCUAAGAAGAGGAAUCCCAAUAUUAAACUUAUAGGGUUGCCAUGGUCAUUUCCUGGUUGGAUAGGUCACGGUCAAAACUGGCCCUAUGCCCAGCCCCAAAUUACUGCUUUAUAUGUUGUGUCUUGGAUAUUGGGUGCUAAACAACAUCACAAUUUGGAUAUUGAUUAUAUUGGGAUUUGGAAUGAGAGAACAUUUGACAGUAAAUAUAUAAAGGUAUUAAGAGAAGUGCUUUCUCAGAAUGGCCUGAAAAGAGUGAAGAUCAUAGCCAGUGAUUACCUCUGGCUGCCCAUUUCCGUUGCUAUGCUACAUGAUAAUGAACUUAUGAAAGCUGUCGAUGUUAUUGGGGCUCAUUAUCCUGGAACUCAUACUAUACCUGAAGCACUGAAGACCCAAAAAAUACUUUGGUCUUCAGAAGAUUACAGCACUUUCAAUGAUGAAGUGGGUGGAGGCUGCUGGGCCCGUAUUUUGAAUCAGAACUAUGUGAAUGGCAACAUGACUGCCACAAUUGCUUGGAAUUUGGUGGCUAGUUACUAUCAACAACUACCUUUUGGGAGAGAUGGAUUGAUGACUGCUCAGGAGCCCUGGAGUGGACAUUAUGUUGUAGAUAGUCCUAUCUGGAUUUCAGCUCAUACCACUCAGUUUGCUCAACCAGGAUGGCAAUAUCUAAAAACAGUUGGCCAUUUAGUGAAAGGUGGAAGCUAUGUUGCUCUUACUGAUGGCUUAGGUAACCUCACUGUUAUCAUUGAAACCAUGACUCAUAAGCAUUCAAAAUGCAUAAGGCCACCUCUUCCUUUCUUCCGUGUGUCAGAACAAAUUGCAAAUUUCUCUCUUAGCGGAUCCUUUAAACAAUUAAGAACGUUACAGGUGUGGUAUUCCAAACUAGGGGACAAAACUGGAAAUAACUCUGUCUUAUUCAAACAACUACCUCCUCUAAAGAUUAAUGAUGGUACAAUCACAUUAAAAUUGGGUCUGGAUGAAGUGUAUACUUUAACAACUAUCACUACAGGUCAGAAAGGCAGUUAUCCUAUUCCUCCAGAGUCACAACCAUUUCCAACAAGCUAUAAAGAUGAUUUUAACAUUGCUAAUCCACCUUUUAGUGAAGCUCCGAAUUUUGCUGAUCAGACGGGAGUUUUUGAGUACUUCGCCAAUACCGAGCAAGCCGGGGACCAUGCCUUCACCUUACGCCAAGUGCUCACUCAGCGACCUGUCACGUGGGCUGCUGAUGCAGAUCAGACCGUCAGCGUUAUAGGGGAUUAUAACUGGAAGGAUCUGGUAAUAAGUUGUGAUGUUUACAUAGAGACACCACAUAGUGGUGGUGUAUUCAUUGCUGGAAGAGUAAAUAAAGGUGGGGAAGUCAUCCGAAGUGCUGCAGGAAUUUUCUUCUGGGUUUUUGCAGAUGGGACCUACCAAGUUACAAAUGAUCUUGCUAGACUGUUGAUAUUAAAGAAAGGACAUGCUAAUGUUAGUGCUCGGAAAUGGUACACCCUCACUCUGAAUAUUAAAGACUCUUCUGUUAAUGUUACACUAGAUAAUACACAUCUCUGGGAAGGUGUGCUACCCUUAUAUCCCAAGAAUGGUUGGGCAGCAAUUGGAACACGUAGCUUUGAGUUUGCACAGUUUGACAACUUUCAUAUAGAGGCUACAAAUGUGCAUUCUUGAAACUCAGAUAAUGACUUUUCUCUCAUCCACUCUUCUUUUGAGUUUGGAAUCAAAAUUAAUUCUUUGGGCUUUUUGAGACUGAACACAAUGAAGGAAUUUAUAUUUGCAUAUUUAUACUACUGUAUAUUUUAUUUUUUUCAUACAGUUAUUUUAAUAUUUAAAUAUCACUUCAUGGAAUAUAUGUUGCUUCCUUUUCUUAAUGAUUUUGCCAUUGAGAUCUCACAGUGAUUGUAUUCUGAUAUUGAAAGAAUUGUACCCUUUUAUCUGGUUUGUAAUUAGUUUUAUGAUAUGUGUACUGAAGGAUUUCUCUGUGUUGUAUAAUACUAAUAAACUUAACUUUAAUAACUUGUU